GGCAGUGCGGGUGAGUGAACUCCCUCUAUUAUUGAUAUGGUACUUGAGAGUGUGUGAAGCAUUUCACCCACAUGGACUCAGCCAUCCUUACGACAACCCUGCAAGUGAGGUGUGCCUGGUUAUUAAAAGAGAAGAAAUUGCUGGAGAUUUGGGAAGACGGUUAUUUGGUUUUUGAUGAGCGUCAGUCACCCUAUUCCCUUGCUACCUGUUAAGCUCAAAAUGGACUGAAUUCUGAACAAGUGUGGGCGGUGGCAGUGCUUGAUUCUGCAGCAAUGGAUGAGCAGAAUUUGGAAACAGCAAUUCAAACCUAUACUGCCCAGCUGCAGCAAGUGGAGUUGGCUUUAGGGGCUGGGCUGGACCCAUCGCAACAGUCUGAUCUGAUCCAACUGCAGGCAGAUUUAAAGCAGCUGAUAGAACUGACAGAAUCCAGCCUUGUGUCUGUGAGGAAGAGCAAGCUCUGUUCAACUGUGGCCCCAGGGACACUCUCCACAUCUCCAUCCACUGAUCUACAACAGGACACUCUUGGAUCUGGCAAACUGAGCGCUGAUGAUGAAUAUGCAGCUUUUAAGGAAGCCAUUGCUGAAAUUGGGGGUGAGGAUGAACCCUCGAGCGCUUGUAACGAGGAGGGAGACGGAGAGGCUGACGAAGAAGAAGAAGAAUUAGAGGAAGAGGAGGAGGAGGAGGAAGCAGCCAGUGGGAUGAAAGUCAAAGCCCCGUACUACAGUUCUUGGGGUACCCUUGAAUACCAUAAUGCCAUGAUUGUGGGGAGUGAGUGUUUGGAAGACGGAAGCCCAGGAGUCAGAGUGCUCUACCUGUACCCCACUCACAAGUCCUUGAAGCCGUGUCCCUUCUUCUUGGAUGACAAAUGUCGAUUUAAAGAGAAUUGCCGAUUUUCUCAUGGGCAAGUUGUAUCUGUGGAGGAGCUGCGUCCCUUCGAGGAGCCAGAUCUCAGCAGCCUGGCUGUGGGCUCAGCCUGCCUGGCAAGGCAUCAGGAUGGGAUCUGGUAUGCUGCUAAAAUCACAGACAUCGACAGCGGUUACUACACGGUGAAAUUUGAUUCGCUGCUGCUGAAGGAGGCCGUUGUGGAGGGCGAUGGCAUCAUGCCUCCGCUGCGUGUUGAGGAGAGCUCCUCAUCGGAGUCAGAAGGCGACGAAGUGGAUGACGCUGCAUAUGCUAAAGUCAUUGAUUCUGGCACCCCAGAGAAUGGGGAGGGGCCCUCGACCUGCAAUUCUUCCUUCGGCAGCUGGGAGGCGCACACCCGCGGCAUUGGCUCUAAACUCCUUGCUCAGAUGGGAUACGAGUUCGGGAAAGGCUUGGGGAAGAAUUCGGAGGGCCGCGUGGAGCCGGUAUUGGCGGUCGUGCUGCCGAAAGGCAAAUCCUUGGACCAGUGUGCCGAGAUCCUCCAGAAGAAGCGGGAGGGCAAGCUGGACCCGGCCAAGCCCAGAAGACGGCGGGCCAAAGGGAGCAGGGCCCCCCGGCUCCCCAGGCAGAGCCCGAAGCCCCGGAAUGUGUUUGACUUUCUGAACGAGAAACUUCAGGGCAAGGACGCCAGUGAGCAGGAGGGCGGGCUGGCGCCGUUGGAGAGGAACAGCAAGGAGAUCUAUCAUGCCAGCAAGAGCACCAAGAAGGCCCUGAGCGUGCGCCUCUUCCAGACCAUGGAAAGGAUCGACCAAACCCAGAAGGACAUCCGAGGGAUCCAGGAGGCCCUGGCACGCAACGUUGGGCGGCACACCGUUGCCACAGCGCAGCUGGAAGAGAAGCUGGCUGGGGCCCACAAGAAGUUGGUUGAGCUGCGGGCUCAGGAGGCCAGUCUCCAGCGAGAGCAGAAGAAAGCGGACACACACAAGAAAAUGACAGAAUUCUAGCCUCCCUCUUUCCGUCAGACCCGUCCGUUGUCUCGGUUCUGGUCCUGGCCGGAUUGCACAAUUGCUGCUGGGUUGGAACCAUUUCUGCUGUUCUUGGAUCCCUUUCUCCCCAGCUGCGGCCUGGGGAUGUGGACAGCUUAGCGGUUUGCCUUUCCUCUUUAUGCACUAAUGCCUUUAUGUGGAACCACCAGCGAAGUAACGUGGCCCCAGGCAGAGCUGCAAAGAGGCUUUAUUGGGCAUGGGAGUCGCUGGCACGUUUCUGCCGCUCUCCUCGCCGUCUCUUUGGCUUUUCCUGCUUCCAGGAUUCCUUUACAGCAUCCUGGUGAUAGACGAUCCUGCCUUGUCUAGCAAUAGGUAGAAACACUGUAACAGGAAAUGAGGGAAGACGAAAUGGUAGCAGCACUUGGUUCUCUGGUACCUCCAGUCUUCUUGGCCUGGCAGAAAGACCGGCCACGUUCCUGUGCACGAGAUGUCCCCCUUAUGUCGCCUUCGGCCUGGUAGAAUCAGUGCGAAGCACCGUACCCCUCUGUGCUCCACCAUGUAGAGCUCCGGGCGGAGGAGCUCAACAUCCAACAACAAAAAACGCUCAAAAGUAUAAUAAGGGUUUGCUGUGUUCUUGCUGGCUACAUGCAGGAAAGGUUUGGUUCUGUCUGUUUUUGGCCUACAUGUGACUGGGCCUGUAAAUGGCUCUUCCAUCAAAUCCUAGGAAGUCUGAAGGCAGAAUCACAUAAUCACUGACCAGGUGGGCUUCAUAAUGGAGCGGGACGCUGGUCCUGUGUUGAGCUAGCAUUGCUGUGUUCCCGAUACCACCCUGAAAUCCGAGGGGGACGGGGGCUUGCAGGUGGUGGCUCUCCGCAGAACAAGAACUAGCAGGUGUUGGAUUUUUAAGUGCUCAUGCAAUCCCCCCCCCUCCUGAUGCUAACAGCUUCUUCAGUCAGCGUUGAAGCUGGAUCUGAGAGAAGAGGUCGCUCAUAGUUGCAGCCCCAAGUAGUGAUGGUAUCGGGGAAGAGGGGAAGCUGUUUGAUCUCGAGAAGAACGCGGCUGUUGGUGGCUGUGGGAAGGCUGGCAGUGUGGGCUCCAUGUUUCGGGGGCAGGCACAGACGUCCGUGUAAUUUCCUGUGCGCAUUUCCUUUCUGACUCUGUAAUUUUAAGUUUGAAAUGAAAGAACAACAGUU